GUUUGACAUCCAAACCUAUAGGUGUCGCUGACGUCACACAGUUAUUUGUACGAAGAAGGGCACCGGAAACGCCGUUGAAACCUUCUCGAGAAGCGGCACGAUCAGCUCUAACUCACAAUGGGACGCCACUUUGGGAACUUGGCUAAAGUCAGACACAUCAUCACAUACAGUCUGUCGCCUUUCGAGCAGAGGGCUUUUCCCAACUAUUUCUCCAAGGGGAUCCCAAAUGUGUGGAGACGGUUUUCUGCUUCCUUCUUCAAAAUCGCCCCACCAAUGACCCUCAUGUACCUGACAUACACCUGGGGCAACAGCGUCCAUGAGCAGGGCAAGAGGAAGAAUGCUGCCGACUUUGAGAAUGACGAGUGAAACCCAACCACCUUCCUGAAAGCUGCUUUCUGUUGUUAAUGUCCCGCCAAUAAAGACAAAAGAUAUUUAUGUGA